AUGAGGUUGGUUGAGUAUAUAUUAUUUGUAAUUGUCUUUUGGGCAAAGUUGGGGGUAUCAGAAAUCACAGAAAAGGAGUACAAUACUCUUCGUGAUUAUGCGGAGUUUUCAGCAAUAGCAUAUUGUUUAAAGAAAGGAUUAAAACCAGGAAAGCUAAGUGACAGCUGUGCUAUUGACAAAUGUAAUACCAGAGCACAUAAAGAUAUUGAAAUUGUGGAAACCUUUAAUUUCAACGAUUGGGGUGGUGUAGGAUCUGGAUAUUUGGCUCUCGAUGAAUUAGGUAAAAGAAUAGUUCUAGUGUUUAGAGGUACAGCAUCUAGUCGAGAUUGGAUUGGUAAUCUUGAAUUUAUUCCUAUAGUUUACGAGCCUAUUUCAGUGGGACCCAGAUGUGACGACUGUACUGUCCAUAAAGGAUUCUAUAACUUUUUAAGAGAGAACUGUAUGGAGAUAAUUCUAAGAGCCCAUGGGUUAAUACAAGAUAACCCUGAUUAUAAAUUGGUUGUCACGGGCCACUCAUUGGGGGCAGCCCUAACCCUACUCGCAGGUGUAGAGCUACAACUAUUGGGAGACGAUCCGUUGGUGAUAUCAUUUGGGAGUCCAAGAAUAGGGAAUGGAGGAUUAGCCAAGUAUAUCAAUAAAAUAUUUGAAACUGGGACUACCAAAUAUAGAAUAUCUGAAGAUGGAUGUAUUACCAAGGGAUAUAUAAGAGUUGCUCACGAUGGAGACAUUGUUCCAUUACUCCCACCUCCGGGCUAUUUCAAACAUAGCGGUGUACGUUAUACAAUCACCAAAACUGAGAGUCCACAUUAUAAGGAGGAUUUCGAACGUGCCCAAUUAGCCGAUUCGGACGAUUCAGCCUUUUUAGAGCGUACUCCUCUGAAGAUAUGGCCAGAAUUUUUCGGUAAAUAUGAACAUAAGCAUUAUAUCACUCGAAUUACAGGAUGUGAUGACCUUAAAGAUUAA